AUGAGUUUGGAGAAAUAUUUUUUUAGAGUACCCAAAACAAGUUUGGCGCCUCAAAAUCAAAAUCAACUACGCCGAGAUGAAAAUGUCAACCAAAUAGAAAUAUCAUCUCACUCUUCCCAAAGACAAGAAUUUGAUGUAAAUGAUUUAAAGGCUGAUCCGGCUGAAAGAACUCCAAUUUUGAAUUAUCAUCCAAACCUUCGUGAUGAGAUAAGGAGGGCAUAUAUCAUUAAAGGUCCUUGUCAACCUCAAAAUCAUCAGUUUCCUCAAACUAAUUUUUUUGGAACACCACGUCGUUUUGUUUAUACAUGGUUUGAUGAAUAUCGUGAUUGGUUGGAAUACAGUAUUAGUGCGGAUGCUGCUUAUUGUUUACCUUGUUAUUUGUUUCAAGGAGAAAACAUUAAUCAAGGUGGUGGUAAUGUAUUUUCGACUAAGGGAUUUACAAAUUGGCAUAGAAAAGAUAGCUUUGCUACACAUAUUGGUCUACCAAAUAGCGUUCAUAAUCAAUCCAAAAGAAAGUGUGAAGAUCUCAUGCGAGAACAACAAUCCAUUCAAGCCGCAUUUUACAAGUUGGAUGAUAAAAGUAAGCAUGAAUAUCGAAUUCGGUUAAACACUUCAAUCGAUGUGGUAAGACUUCUCUUGGAUCAAGGUUUUGCAUUCCGUGGUCAUGACGAGAGUGAAUCGUCAUUGAACAAGGGUAAUUUUCUUGAAGUUCUUUCUUGGUUAGCUGCUAGAUGUGAUGCAAUUAAACCUUUUGUGUUAGAAAAAGCUCCAAAAAAUAAUAAAAUGACUUCUCAUGACAUCCAAAAAGAUAUUGUGACUGCGUGUAAGAUUGAAACAGUUAAGGCAAUAAUAGAGGAUAUAAAUAGUGACUACUUUGCUUUAUUGGUUGAUGAAUCUAGAGAUGUGUCACGCAAAGAGCAAAUGACUAUUUGUCUUAGAUAUGUUGACAAAAUGGGGUUUGUGAUAGAGGCAUUUAUUGGACUUGUUCACAUUAAAGAUACUAGUGCUUUAUCUCUAAAGAAAGCAAUUGUAGAUGUACUUGCUCACCAUUCUUUGACUUUAUCUAAUGUACGUGGGCAAUGUUACGAUGGGGCAAGUAAUAUGCAAGGUGAGCUAGGUGGUCUUAAAACGUUGAUUAGACAAGAAAGUAGAUCGGCUCAUUCUGUUCAUUGUUUUGCUCAUCAACUUCAAUUGACUCUUGUUGCGGUUUCUAAAAAGUGUGUUCAAGUAGGUGAACUUGUAUUAUUAAUUUCAAAUAUUUUGAAUGUGUUGGGAGCUUCUUUUAAACGCGUGGAUAAUUUUCGAGAAUCUCAAAAAAAGCAUCUCCAAAUGGCAUUGGAUAUGGGUGAACUAGAAACGGGUAGAAGGUUGAAUCAAGAACUUGGUCUUGUUAAAGCCGGUGAUACUCGUUGGGGAUCUCACUACAAGUCAUUUGGAAACUUUAUUAGUAGCUUUGACUCUAUUGUUGAUGUACUUGAUACUCUUGUUGAAAAUGCAAGUACUUUGGAAGAAAGAGCAAGCGCAUCGGGAUUUCUCAGAAGUUGUCAAACGUUUGAGACUAUUUUCUUGUUGCAUUUGAUGACAGAUGUUUUAGGAAUCACAAAUGAUCUUAAUGUUUCAUUACAAAAAAAGGAGCAAGACAUUGCAAAUGCCAUGAUUCUUGUAAAGGUAGCAAAGAGAAGGUUGCAAGCUUUAAGAGAUAAUGAAUGGGAUCCUCUCUUUAAAAAAAAUAUUGGAUGGGAUUCACUUAAAGAAAAGGUAGAAGCAUUUUGUAUCAAGCAUGACAUUUCAUUACCCAAUUUUGAUGAUCUAUAUGCUAAUUCUGGGAGAUCACGACGUAAAGUAGUUAUUUGUACUACUUUGCAUCAUUAUCGUGUGGAUGUGUUUUAUAAAAUCAUUGAUUGGCAACUACAAGAACUUAAUGAUCGUUUCAAUGAGGUGACAAGUGAUUUGCUUAAUGGAGUAUCUUGCUUGAAUCCAAUUGAUUCAUUUUCUAGUUUUGACAUAAGGAAGAUAAUGAGAAUGGCUGAAUUAUAUCCUGAUGAUUUUGAUGGGUCCAACAUGAGAGCUCUUGAGAAUCAACUUGUUAAUUACAUUAUUGAUGUUCGUGAUAUUGAUGAAAGGUUCUCCAAUUUGGGUGGACUUGGAGAACUUUCAAGAAAGUUGGUUGAGACAAAGAAGCAUUUAACCUAUUCUCUCGUAUUUCUUUUAGUGAAGUUUGCUUUGCUUCUACCUGUUGCCACUGCUACAGUUGAAAGAGCUUUUUCGACAAUGAAGAUUAUCAAGAAUGACUUGCGAAAUCGAAUGGAUGAUGAAUUCUUAGAUGGUUGCAUAGUACCUUAUGUAGAGAAAAAAGUAUUUAAAGAUGUUUCUAAUGAGUGUAUUAUGAAAACAUUUCAAGAGAUGAAGUGUCGUCGAGUGCAAUUGUAG